UUCUCAUGAUUUAUCCUAUAGGAAACUCCUUCACAAGGAGAGAUGAAGAAGAAAUCUGUGUAUAAUCAGAAUGUGGGUGAUCAGGAGUGUGAAGAUAUGGAAGGUGAAGAAAACAGAAAUAAUGCUGGUACCUCUGGCCUAUUGUACAGUGAAGCAGACAGAUGUCCAAUAUGUCUUAGUUGCCUCUUAGGAAAGGAAGUUGGUUUUCCAGAAAGCUGUAAUCAUGUCUUCUGUAUGACCUGUAUUCUUAAGUGGGCGGAGAUACUGGCUUCUUGUCCAAUUGACCGGAAACCUUUUCAGGCUGUUUUUCAACUCAGUGUAUUUGAAGAUUGUGCUAAGAUUCAAGUAAAAAGACAAUUGAGAGAAAUAAAAGACAAGGAAAACGAAAGGUCUUUUAAGAAACAACUCUUUUAUCAUGAAAGUUCCAAAAGCGAUAAAAGAAAAAGAAACACCAUUGGAGAAGAUGUAUUAUGUGAAAGAUUUCAUGAUUUGAAGGUGUUGAAUAGAAUCUUUUCAAACAAUAAAAUGGGUGAGAAGAAAAACGCUACAGUAAAGACAAAUAAGGUUCGAAGAUCAAAUCAAUGUACAGAUCCUUGUAUCGGACAUUGCAUGUCCAGUUUGUUUUCAUGCGGCAGCCAUGCGGGACCUCAAACCUAUAGAGCUUACUGUACAGAAUCUGUAGAAGUCAGUGAAAUCAGUGCAUUGAUUAGGCAAAAACGACAGGAAUUGGAGUUGUCAUGGUUUCCUAAUACAUUACCUGGAAUUGGAAGCCGUACACCCCUCUCAGGGAGUGACUCCUUCAAGUCUGUGGAGCAGCAGCCAUCUAAGCGGAAAAAUGAGCAAGAUGUCUCUUUUGGUACGCCUGCAGACAGGUCGGGGUGGACAUCUGCGUCCAGUUGGGCAGUAAGAAAGACUCUGCCAGCAGAUGUACAGAACUAUUACUCUCGGCGUGGGAGGAAUUCUGCAGGUCCACAGUCUGGGUGGAUGAGACAAGAGGAGGAAACACCUGAACCGGAUGCUAACUUAAAAGACCAAACAAACCAAGUUGAUGGUUCUCAGCUACCUGUAAAUAUGAUGCAGCCACACAUGAACGUAAUUCCACCCCCAAUGAAUGCACAGCAUCAGCCUAUGAAUAUCUUCCCGUACCCAGUGGGUGUUCAUGCCCCUUUAAUGAAUAUGCAGCGUAACCCAUUCACCAUGCACCCUCAGCUGCCCCUGCAUCUCCACACAGGAGUGCCUCUCAUGCAGGUAGCUGCCCCUGCCAGUGUACCUCAGGGACCGCCACCACCACCCCCUCCUCCACCAUCCCAGCAGGUCAGCUAUGUGGCUUCACAACCAGAUGGAAAACAAGUACAGGGCCUUCCCAGUGCUUCUCAUGUAAGUAAUAACAUGGCUACACAAGUCUUGCCUGCUCCAUCAGCAGCUCCAGGAAACACAGGAUCAGUUCAGGGACCAAGUUCUGGUAAUACUUCAUCAUCAAGUCACGUCCAAGCCUCUAAUGCUGCUGUAAAAUUGGCAGAAAGCAAAAAAUUGCAAAUUCAAGAGAAAGCGGCACAGGAGGUGAAAUUGGCUAUUAAGCCGUUUUACCAAAAUAAAGACAUCACCAAGGAAGAGUACAAGGAGAUCGUGCGGAAAGCCGUGGACAAAGUUUGCCAUAGUAAGAGUGGAGAAGUCAAUUCUACUAAAGUGGCAAAUCUGGUUAAAGCCUAUGUAGACAAGUACAAAUACUCACGGAAGGGGAGCCAGAAGAAAGCUCUGGAAGAACCCAUGUCUACCGAGAAAAACAUAGGCUGACAUGGGGAGCGCUGUAAAGGACACUGUCGAUUAUCUGCCAAGUGCAAUUCAACGUGUACGCAACUGUGAUCGAAAUCUGGUUUUGAUAAAAUUAUUUUUUUUAUUGUAGGAUAUAAUGUUUUGUUCUAAAUAUAACUGUGCACUGCAACUUCUAUAUCUAACCCCCAACCCCAAUAAAACAAAUUCAAGGGAAAAUCAAGGGUGUAAUGGAAUGUGCGUUUUUAUCAGGAAUGUGUUCUAAUGUGGAUACUGAAAGAUGUACAGCUUUUUAAGUGGAGUACGUGAAUCAGAAACUUGUAGAGGCGCUGGUUUGGGAAGACAUAUCUAUAUAUCUAUGUAUAAUACAUUUAUUCUGUCAAGCUGAAAAGUGAAGUCUGAUCUUUAUGACCCCAUCUAACUGUAGAAAUUUAAACAAUGUAUUGCCACUAAUAUUUCUGAUAUGAAUAGAUUAACAUACCAAUUACAGGUCCCUAAUGUAUUUUUGAAGCACAUGUCUGAGUCCAUUGCUUAGAUAGAAAGCAGAUCAUCACAAGUGAGACUUAGCCGCAAGCCUGCAGGUGCCCCUCGCCUGCUGUCACCAGAGCUGGCCACUGUGUGUGUGGCUUCUGCGCUCUUCUCUCCCCACCUAGAAAAACAAUAGCAGUUGGAUUUGCUAGAUUACAGCUUUGCCAGAUCAAAGCUUUGUUGAGUUUAGAAGACCAAUUUGGGAGAAAGCUAGCUUUUUAAAAACUAUGUUUCUUCAUAUACCUUCUGUCUAUCUGUGAUGGUCAGUUAUUGAUGUCAGCUGGAGAGUUGCUGCUAGGUAGUGACCUUUCUUUUCUGGGAUUAAGAAUACAUGACCUACUUCUCUGGCUUCAAGUUGUCAACUGUCCAGUCCUAAUGACGUUCUUGUCACACUUCAGAAUUUCCCUAAUGCUUACCGUGAAGGCAGUGUUACUUUGGUGAUGGGUAGCCAUGCUGCAGAAUUAAUUCCCGGUGGUAUAACUUGUGUCUGACUGAGGAGAGAAAGCUUAAGGCAGGAUAGUUUGUUAGGUUAUCAGGGACUAGAGUUUUGUUUUUUGUUUUUUGUUUUUUAGAGCAUUGAGAUGUUAGUGUUUAUGAAAGGUAAGUUCAGAGUGCUUCUGGCACUGCUAUUUUCAUUGGCAUCUAGAAGGAAAAAUUAAUUCCAUUUUAAACUUUGAUCCCAGUUAGAGUUUUCAGGACAUGAAAUAGCUGAAAAGAUGUCCAGUAGCGUGGUGAUGAUCCAGGUGAGUCCUCCCACUCACCCUAACGGGGGUGUCGCUCUGAGUGCAGGCUCCCCGGCUCUCAGUUCUGCAGAGUUUUGAUGGGCAGGAGAGUGCUGAGAGCUUGGUCCCCUAGUGAUCGCACUAGGGAGGUACUAAGCUUUGUUAGGUUAUGAUUAUAGUCCUAAAAUAUCUCCAGACAGUGUUGAUCUUCAGUUCUGCAUUCCUGAUGCAAUAUUUUACAGGUAUUUUUAAUUAAAGCUUGUGUUCGAUUUUGAUGGCAGAGGAAGUUUGGAGAUAGUUUCAGAUACCAGUAGCACACCAGAUUCAUCUCAGUUGAGGAUCCCACGAACAGGGGUGUGAAAUUCUGCUCCUCUGACAUUUUGUGGCAGAUUGCUUUCUGUGCUGAUGAGUUAAUGCAUCCUGUCCUCUCCCUGCAUUGUUUUCACUGACACCUGGAAAGUAAAUGACAUUUAACAUUGUUUUAUACAGUUUAGCCCCCACAAACAAGUUUUAAAAUUUAGAAGAAAAAGUAGGUGUCUUAUGUCUUUGGGAGAACUCCACUAUUCUUGAAAUUAGCAGAUGGGCGUGUUUCAUAUCUGGUAGGGCACUGAUUAGAGUGCUUCAGAAUAGUUACUGAAUGUUAACUAUUCUAAUAUAUUCUAAUACUAGAAUAUAUUCUAACUGGAUUAAAAUAUAAACUUUUAAAGAAUGAGUUAGAAAAUGCAUGCUUUGCGUUAAGAAAUAGCAUUGUUUUUACAUUCUUGUUUUUUCUUUUCUUUUUUUCUUAAAUUCACAUUAGUUUUGCAUGUAUAUGAAUUUAACACAGUUUAUGGAGUUGCAGGUUCCUCUUGAUCAUGACUCAGUAUUGACUUGACCUUUGGAGCCUCGGGCCCUUCAACUUGCUGUUCACAUUGAUCCAUGUUUCGGGCUGUAGAAAGGCCCAGUAGUAGUUACUCGUUAUUUUAACAUUCCAAAAGUUUUGUAUUUGUUUGUUGCUCUUCUGGUAACGACCACCACAUCUCCACAAUCUGCCUUUACAUGGCCAUGGUGUGCACUGCUGACUGGUUACCCAGUCUGACUGUUCACCCAGUCAGACUGUUCACCCAGUCAGACUGUUCACCCAGUCAGACUGUUCACAGGCAUCAGCACAGUGGGGCCCUGAGUCUGGAGACGGGCGGUGUGAGCUGCAGAACUGUCUGCCGGGACAACACUAACCAGCCAGGUUGUGGUCUGCAAUAGAUCCUAAUACAUUCUUUUGCUAAACAAAGUAGUGUCUUUAAAAUUUUAUUAAGUUUUCUGGGAAAUGAUGACUUUUAUAUCAUUUAAACCAUUUCCAAAUGUGUUGAAUUAUUUCUUGGAUUUUUACCAAAGUAAUGAGUAUCAUGAUUACAUUAAUAUCCAGGCAAUAAAGUCAGAGUUAGCUAUAAGCAUAUAUUUUAAUAGUAGUUUUCCUAAUUAUAUAAUCACUUUAGGAAAUUUAAAACAUUUAAUAAUUUCUAAAGAUAGAAGAGAUUGGGAAACAAAGGAAAAAUCAUCUGUAAUUCUGCCAAAGUUAAUUUCUUUCAAGGCUGGCUACAAUGCACAUUGCUAUGUUAUAACCCAUUCUUUUCAAUUCAUGUAUUGAGAAUAUUCCAUUUUAAUAAAAAUUAAUUUGACAGCAUGA